UUGCUUCUUUUGUUGUUUCUUCUCUAUAAAGUAGCUUUCAAGUUUUUCAACCUCUACAUUUGCAUUAAGUCAUAUGUAUAGCAAGUGAGGUAGUAUAUUAUAUGCAGUUGUGCAAUGCAGCAUUGUUCUUGUGAGGAGAUAUAAAGAGAAAAAAAUGGAGUUGAAGUGUUGGGUUUUUGUAGGGGUGAUGUUAAUGGUAAUAGUAGGAAGCAAAGGAAGUGAAGAAGAAGAAGUUACAUAUGAUGGAAGGUCUCUCAUUAUUGGUGGCCAAAGGAAGCUCCUCUUCUCUGGUUCUAUUCAUUAUCCUAGGAGUACACCCGAGAUGUGGCCGUCAUUAAUAGCCAAGGCCAAAGACGGUGGGCUGGAUGUAAUUCAAACAUAUGUGUUUUGGAGCCUCCAUGAACCCCAACCAGGUCAGUAUGACUUUUCUGGGAGGUACGAUCUAGUGAAGUUCAUCAAGGAAGUUCAAACACAGGGGUUGUACGUUUGCCUCAGGAUCGGCCCUUACAUUGAAAGUGAAUGGAGUUAUGGGGGUUUUCCGUUUUGGCUGCAUGACAUCCCGGACAUUUCCUAUAGAACAGAUAACGAACCUUUUAAGUUCUACAUGCAAAAUUUUACCACAAAAAUAGUGAACCUCAUGAAAUCAGAGGGUUUAUAUGCAUCACAAGGUGGUCCUAUAAUAUUAUCACAGAUUGAAAAUGAAUAUCAAAACGUUGAAGCAGCUUUUCGUGAUAAAGGACGUUCUUAUGUACGUUGGGCUGCUAGUAUGGCCGUUGGGCUUCAGACUGGUGUUCCAUGGGUGAUGUGUAAGCAAUAUGAUGCUCCUGAUCCUGUGAUUAAUACAUGCAAUGGGAUGAAAUGCGGAGAAACUUUUGCAGGACCUAACUCCCCAAACAAACCUGCAAUGUGGACAGAAAACUGGACUUCUUUCUUCCAAGUCUUUGGUGGGAAGCCAUACAUAAGGCACGCGGAUGAGAUUGCAUUUCAUGUCUCACUUUUCAUUGCGAAUAAUAAUGGAUGUUACGUGAAUUACUAUAUGUAUCAUGGAGGAACAAAUUUCGGACGAACAGGCACUUCUUAUGUUACAACCAGUUAUUAUGAUCUAGCACCUCUUGAUGAAUAUGGUCUUAUAAGGCAACCUAAAUGGGGCCACCUUAAGGAGCUACAUAUGGUUAUAAAAGCUUGCUCAAAAACCUUGUUGGAGGGAAAGAAGUCCAUCGUUCCCCUGGGUGAACUUCAGACGGCUUAUGUUUUUCAAGAACCUAGUGAAGGUUGUGUCGCCUUUCUGAUAAACAAUGAUACACAACAUAGUGCAAAUAUUGAGUUUCGGAACAACUCAUAUCAACUUCCUCCAAAAUCAAUUAGCAUCCUUCCAGAUUGUUUGAAUGCAACUUUUAACACAGCAAAGAUACUAACAGAAAGUGGAGAGAGAAAUGCAAGACCAGAAUUAGUUCUGAGCUCAGCUACAAGGUGGGAAGUAUUUAAUGAGCUGAUACCAAACUUUUCAGACACAUCUUUGAAGGCAGAUGCUUUACUAGAGCACAUGAACGUGACAAAAGAUGAAUCUGAUUAUCUCUGGUACAGUCUCAGGUUCGAGACUGAUUCUUCUUGCAGUGAACCUGUACUUCAUGUUCGGUCUCUUGCACAUAUUGCUUAUGCUUUUGUGAAUGGCACAUAUGCUGCAGGUGGCGCUCAUGGAAGUCGUGAUGUCAAGAAUUUUACACUCGAUACCCCAAUUAAGAUAGAUACUGGAAUGAACGAGAUUUCUAUAUUGAGUGUGAUGGCUGGAUUACCGGAUUCAGGACCUUAUCUUGAGAGAAAAUUUGCUGGAUUACGUGAAGUGAGUGUAAGAUGCAAUGGAAAUGAUAUUUAUGAUUUAACAGCGAAUCAUACGUGGGGAUACAAGGUUGGAUUUCUGGGAGAAGAUUUACAAAUUUAUAAACAAGAGAAUCUUGGUAAAGUGGUUUGGGGUGGAUUUGAACUUUCUGCUCCAAAGGCUUUUACUUGGUAUAAGGCAACGUUUGAUGCACCAAGCGGUGAUGAUCCAGUGGCCUUGGAUCUAAGCGCAAUGGGAAAAGGUGAAGCUUGGAUCAACGGACAAAGCAUUGGUCGUUAUUGGGUGUCUUUGCUCACCCCGCAAGGAAAACCUUCACAAACAUUGUACCACAUUCCUCGAUCCUUCCUGAAAGCGUCAGAAAAUCUUCUGGUUCUGUUUGAGGAAAUUGGUGGAAAUCCUCGUCAAAUUUCUGUGAACACCAUUUCAUGGACGACUAGCAAAAGCAGCAACAAUGUUGAUUAUACACCAAAUGACAUUAAAUACCUGAUGACACCAGAAGGAAUCCAUACAUGAUUGCUUUUUUUUUUUCCACAUGGAACCUUCAAGAUUCAAAAUUCAUAUUUCCUUUACUGUUCAUAUUUACAAGUUACAAACAGAAGUAGCUUUACCCCUUUGUAUCAAUUUGAACAUGUUUAAAGGUCAACACUAUACUUAGGAUAAUUGUCUUAGUCUCACCAUUACACGAAGUUGUAAAUUUUCUGAUUUGAUUCAGUUCGAACUCUUCUAAUGUGAUCCAAUCUGAACUUUUCUGAAAUAAUAAAGACAGCAAAUCAACUAUUUUUAUAUA